UGAAGGCAGUGUGUAAUUUUGCCAAAUUUGCCCGAAGAUGUCAAGUCUGAUGGUGUUGAAACCGAGGCAAUUGAACAGCUGAUUUGCGUUGACCCGUACUGAUCGUUUCGGAGAGCCACCAUCAAAUAACAAUCGGUUUCCCACCAGCUGGUAGUUUAGUCUGCUGGAUGGACAGCUUACCGGACAAUGGCGAGCAAACUGACGGAGCGUGAGUUGGAAGCAUUCGGUACCUACAUGCACGCACCCGACGCCGCGCCGCCGACCAGCUGGAAUGUUGCUGGAAGCACGCUUUGUAGUGCCCCUAGGUAUAGAACUAGCGCGUCGAGGUAAAAAGUUAACCUUUUUUCAAACGCGCGUGAAAUCCUUGGUUAACGGGUGAAUCUUGCUUGGGGUUCGUAUACGACGUUAUUGUAAUGAUAACUAAUAAUUAGUAUAAAAGUGCUAGAAGAUGUUUCGGGAAGGCAUAGUUCUGUAGUGCAUCUGCAUCAGUGAAGCAUCAGUGCAAUACUUGAAUUCGUUUCAAAAUGAAGAUCUUCAUCGUGGCAGUUUUGGCUCUGUUUGCCCUGGUUUCGGCUCAGGAAGAGCAGUACACCACCAAGUACGACAAUAUCGACGUCGAAGAAAUCCUGAAAUCAGACCGUCUGUUCAACAAUUACUACAAGUGUCUGAUGGAUGAGGGCCCCUGCACUCCGGAUGGUAACGAACUGAAACGUAUCCUGCCGGAAGCUCUGCUGACUAAUUGUGCCAAGUGCAGCGAGGCUCAACGGGCUGGUGCCAUCAAGGUCAUCAACCACAUCAUCGAAAAUCGUCCGGAACAGUGGAAGGCUUUGCAGGCCAAGUACGAUCCGGACAACGUCUAUAUUGAGCAGCUCCGUGCCGAAGCGGAGCAAACCGGGACCACCCCAUAGGGGGAUUUCCACUCGGAUGAAGUGAUGAGUCAGUAUCAAAAUGUUAUUGUUGAUAAUCGUGAAGUUCUUUUUUGAGGAUCAGGAAGUGAUAAAAUAAAUAACAACAAAAACGCGCAUCUCGUUCUGUUGAAUCUGCUUAUUCAAAUGAAGUCACAUUUGUGGCAAUUGUUAGAUAAUAUUUGUUGAUCUUCAUGUCUCAAAAAUAAGAAAUGCUAAUGUGGUUAUUGUGCGAAUGACGCCAAUGUGUUCUCGGUAUUUUCUGCAUGGUUUCUGAAAUGCGUUGUACCAAACAUUCAAGCUCAAUGUCGAGCCGACCUAGUAGUGAUGAUGAGUAGUGAGCGCGAUCGUCAAUGGGUCGGAACGGUUCACAUUGGCAGACAAAUACAGGCAGACCCGAGCAGAAGUUAAUAACAAACAAACAGUGCGAGAGUUUCUCAACAGAACAAACAUAAAUCGUUUGAUCGGUCAAGUGAUGUCAAAAAUUAACGGUGUUGCUGCAAUCCAUGUAAUUCUGUAUUAAGUGGCGCACGGUGUGUUGAAACAGGAUUAUUAUCGCACUUUCAUGAACCUAAAAUAUUUUUUCGUUAUAAGUUAGCCUUAGCUGUAUAUAUUAAGAUUCUGGAGGUUAAAAAAUCUUUCAUCGGAGAAAAUUAAAAUAAAUUCGAUUUUAGUAGUUUACCACUUUUCCCAUAUGAUGUGGUAUUACGCAAAUCUGAUGAACCUAAACUCCGCUAGAAAAAGUCCCCUUUCUAAUAAUAAAUUUGAAACCAUUUAGUGAGAAACGAAUGUAUAAGUCUUUACAACGAGCUUAAAUUUGUUUGGCAUUCGUUUCAUGUGCCCAGCCCACUACAGUCUGCCGAAAGUCAUAAAUCAUAGAAGUCUACAUUUCUACCAUUUGUCCGGCACAUAGAUAUUUGAAAUGGAGGUAAACAAAUACUUCCCAUUUGUGCGACUCAUACAUUUGAGGAAGCGCCAUACACCUGUGACUCGUAGCAUUUGCAGCACAUACUCUUCAUGUGCCAAUUUGCCUGAAAUGGUGGGUAUUGGUUGCACAUACGUUGCAUGCCAAACCAUGUAACGAUACACCUAAACGACGAUCACACGGCCACGAAAGAUGCUUCGAUUGGAAAAUCAUUAAACAAAUAUGGUGACUUAAUCACGCGUAUUUUUCAACAUUCAUGUUAACAGUACAUUUACUUGUUUUGAGCUAGUUUAGCAGAAAUACUGAUAGCUCUUCGAAUAUAAUAAGAACUUUCAUGUUUA